AUGGCGCCAAGUUCGUCUACUGCGCCAAAUGAUGCGGCCCAGGACCAGGCUCCUGCAAGUAUGCAGGAUCGCAUCAACAAAUUGGAAAGCCUGGUCUUGGAUCUGAUGCACCAGACUAGCCCAAGCUCUUCUGCAUCACCAAUGCCGCCUUUACCUCCUGACCAAGGUUGCCAGUCAGGCACGCAUUCUUCGCGAUUAGAUGCAGAAUCAAGAACCGCCGGUCUUUCCGCAUCAUUUCGAGAUGAGUCGCCUUUACCUUUAGAUUAUGGAAGCUUCAGGCAUACAGAAAAGAUUGUCAGCUACGUCAGCAGUUCACACUGGGCUGCAGUACUUGACAGCAUCGUCGAUCUUCGUAACCAUCUUUCACAGGAGGAGGAUACCAUCCUUCCAGUCCCGGAAUUGACGCCAGCGAAUUCUGAAAUAUUGAAGCCGCAGCUAUUUUACAGCGGGCAGUUGGACGACACAGUUGCCUCAAUUAUCAGUAACCUACCUCCUCGUCCUACUGUUGACCGGCUUCUAUCUCGUUAUUUCAACGACCUUGAUAUUGCCCCUGGCGUUGUCCACAGCGGGCAAUUCCUCGCCGAGUACGAAGAGUUUUGGCGCGCCCCGGAAAGUGCAUCAGUCGCGUGGGUAGGUCUCUUGUUCAGCAUCAUCUGCCUGUCGACGCAUCUCCAACAAACAUCCCCAACGCAGUCUGGCCACGAAGGCAAAGGUUCACAGCUAUCAGAGAAGAAUCGCCUGAUUGAUCUCUACAAGUCCCAAUCCAUAAAGUGUCUUAUUCUUUGCCGAUGGACAGAAGGCGGCCCUCAUGUUUUAGAAACCUUGAUACUUUACUUCCUGGUCGAAUGCUUUCACCUCCAGGACAUGCAAAUUGGGAUAUGGGUCUUGGUGGGCAACAUUGUACAAAUCGCGAUACACAUGGGCUAUCACCGAGAUGCGAAGCAUUUUCCAUCCAUCUCACCUUUUGUGGGUGAGAUGCGCCGACGAGUCUGGGCCAUGAUUCUGCAGCUGGACUUUAGUGUGUCAUCGCAGCUCGGCCUGCCGCGACUCGUCAGAGAGCAGCACGCAGACACGGAAAAGCCAAGCAAUCUGUACGACAUGGAUUUUGAUCUCAGCACAUUGAUAUUGCCGGCAUCAAGACCCGAGACUGACGUCACCCCGACUCUCUAUGUUCUGGCUAAGCUGCGUCUGCUUGAUGUCGGGGCCAAGGUUGCCGAUUUGGCCACCGAACCUCGGCCGCGCGCAUACUCCGACAUUUUGAAACUGGAUCAAGAAAUUGACAAAGCCCAGGACAAACUACCGCCCAUUUUCAAAUGGACCGGGCUCGCACUCAAUGUUUCCUCCCAGAUCAUGAUUCAGCGAAUCUGGCUGGAAGUCAUUUGCCAACAGCUGCGAAUCGUCCUGCACAAGAAGUAUUUCAGUCUUGUUCAGCCACAGCAGCAAUUCAGACACUCAAAGUCGACAUGUUUAAAUGCAGCAUUGAAAAUAUUAGAGCUGCAGCGGCUGAUUGACCAGGAAACCCAGACAGAUGGCCUGUGGUAUCAAAGUCGCUGGAGAGUAUCAUCCGCAUUCAACAACGACUUCCUCCUAGCUACGAGUGUUCUUUGCUUUUACCUAAAGACCUACGAUAAGCUGCCGAAAGGAAGUUUGCAUGACAGUCCGGCGGAUGUCACUGAACAGCCUGCGGAUUCCGACAGCAUCAAAAAGUCUUUGCAACAGGCACAAGAGAUUUGGACUCGCCAGUGCGCAGAUUCAAAAGAGGCCAAGAAAGCUGUCGCAGCCUUGCACCACGUUCUAGGGCCCAUGGGCGUUAAUUCACAGCUGCAAUCGGACUGCGAUAUGCAAAACAUUUCAGGGCAUUCGUCUCUGUCAACUCCGGCCAUUUCGCACUUUUCAGGCAAGUACUGUUGUCAUGUCCUUCGUGGCAGGGCUGCAAGCAGUAAGUAUCUGACUGACAACUGGCAAGGAUUCGAUUUUAGCGAUGCGACUUUUGGUUCAGUUGACGGAUUCAAUUGGCAAGGAUCUGCGGCUGAUCUGAUCCCGAGCAACGAACAUUGGGCCGGUGCAGGCGAUUUGUAG